AUGAAAGAUUUUAAUGGAUUUUCUCCAAUAUUUGCUGCAUCAUCAGAAGGUUAUCUUGAAAUUGUUAGACAUCUCUCAGAAUGUGAAUGCAAUAAAAAUGAUAAAAACAAAAAUGGUAGCUCUUCCCUUCAUUUGGCAACUAUAGAAGGACACUAUUUAGUUGUUGAAUAUCUCGGAUUAAUUGGAGCAAAUCUUAAUGCUGAAGACAAAAAAGGAAAAACACCUCUGGACUAUGCAAAAGAAAGACGAAAUGAAAAUGCCCAGUAUAAAAAGAUCUUUUAUUUUCUUUCUAAAUUAGGAGCAAAAUAUAGUAACCAAUUAUUUUAA